AUGUCUCGAAUCAAAUAUUUUACCAAGCCUAUAAUAAUUUUUUGCGCAGUUUCAGUGAUUCUAUCCACACUCUUCCUAUCCAGAAAUCACUUCGGUUCUCAUAUCGACCGAUCGGACGAUAGCGCAGUUGAGACAUUCGACUUUCACGAUACCGAAGAUGAACAAAAGUGUUUUGCGAAUGAUAUUGUUUCGACAAAUCCAAUCCCGAACAUUGUUCACUUCAUAUGGCUGAACAACCCUGAUCUGAACUUCAUUACAUACUUGUCCAUCCGAGCAACUUUAAUCUCGCUUCAACCCGAUCAGAUCGUCCUCCACUACACCUCCCUCAACAAAGAAAACCAGUGGUUUGCAAAGGUAUCCAAUCACUUGACCCUGGUACAACACGACUUGAAGAAAGAAUACCCUGUACAGGUGGAACAAAAGUGGAAGAUAUCCCAUAUAUCGGAUCUGUUGCGCUUGGAUAUUCUAUACAAUGAGGGUGGGAUAUACCUAGACACGGAUGUUAUACCCCUCCGCGACUUCGAUCGCCUUCUUCAUUUGGAGAAAGAUCUCAUCCUCGGAAAUGAAGGUGGAGACCGCCAUGGAAUAUGCAAUGCCGUGAUAAUUGCUCGACAAGGAUCGUCAUUCAUUGAACGUUGGCGCGAGAGCUACGUAUCAUUUUCUCGUUCGGAGUGGAACUAUCACUCUGUCAUCUUGCCGAAGGAGUUAUCUGUUUUAUUUCCGGAUGAAGUUUGCGACCUUUCCCCAGCAGCAUUCUUUUGGCCAACUUGGACAAAGAAGCAUAUUAAGUAUAUGCAUGAACCGAUUAAAGGAGAUGAGGUCGGGAAUUUCAAACGAACGCUCAAUGCCAAUAGAGGUGCGAUGUAUCCUCAGCAACUGGCGUAUCAUGGAUGGACACAGCUUGCGUCUGGUUAUCUGAAGAAUCUGGACCCUGCAACUGUCAAGAGUCGCGAUACGCGUUUCAACAUUAUGGCGCGCCGGUUUCUGGAAUGA